AUGCCCAACACAGAAGAAGCUUUGGCGAUAGCCAGUGCCAAUGCCAAUACCAAACCCCCUCCUGAUUCUCAACCAGGUAAAGCACCACCACGACUGAAGCGACUGGCGUCCAAACCACUCAAAAUGGCAGCGUCCACCUUCAGAUCAUCUAGACCUCCCUCACCAGGUCCAUCAGCUACCACUACCACCCUCGUAUCGUCAGAUUCAGUAUCGAGCGAUACGAAAUCCGGUAGGUUUAGUAGAAGGAAAUCAUCAAAGCAUCAACAUCAACCUAUAUCACAAGGUAUGACAGCUGCACAGAUUGCUUCUGCUGCUCGAGGACCCCGAAAACCUCUGGAAGGUGAAGAACCCGCUGUAUACCUCAGAGUUAGAGUGGUCAACGCUAAGGGGUUAGUAGCUAAAGAUAGAGGUGGAACUUCUGAUCCAUUCCUCACUUUGCUCAUGCCUCCUUCCUCUCGACAUUCAACCAAAGUAAUCAAGAAAUCUCUCGACCCUACUUUCCCACCUGAGACAAGCACAUUUGAUUUCCCCAUUUACCUCAGUCUGACAGGCGUGAUUGGUGGAAGAGGUAUAGAAUGUGUCCUCUGGGACAAGGACCUCAUGCGUAAAGAAUAUAUGGGCGAGUUGACGAUACCCGUCGAUAAAUGGUUCCCCGAAGGUGAAAUACACCUUUGGCGAGACAAUCUUCCUCUUCUCACACAGAAACUCUUGUCCACUCGUCGAAAGCACACCGUCACGGGAACGGUAUCAUUCCAGAUCGGAUUUAUCCCUCCUAAAGACGCUGUUGACUCUGAGGAUGCCCUCAAGAGGGUUAGAAGAGUAUAUGGCUCACUUGUCGAACAAGCCAGUGUGGGUAGAAACUCGAUUGGCGUUCUGGGUGUACCGGCGCAUAAGGGUAUAGGUACCGUUAAGAUGAGGCAGGAACCAAUCAAAUCUUCUUCACUCACUCGACCCACCUCGAUGGUCGCGUCUGCCGUUUCAGGCAUCGUGUUAUCCAUGAAAGGAGGUCAUAAGACUGUACCGGUGGCUGGUCAACCUACCUCCACUGAGAUGGACGAAAUUGAGAAUGAUGACGAUGACGAUGACGUCGAUUCACUCUCCGACGAUGGAAUGUCCAGUUCAUCCUCUUCAGACGAAUUUGAAGAUGCAUUAGACGAAGAAGAAGAGACCGAGACUCCUAUACCUAUGCCAGUUAAUGAAUCUCCAUCGAUGGUUGAGAAUGUGAUUGCUGGAGUUAGCGAACAGACUUCCGGAUUACCUGAAUCAAAGACAACCAACAAAACUCAGAAAAGACAAAGUAGUGGUAACAGUGGAUUAUUAGUACCUGGACCUAAAACCGGAUCAUUGUCCGGAGCCGGUACAGGAUCAGGUUCGCAAGGUGAUUAUUUCGCUUCUGCACCUAUGAUCAAAGGUGGUUCAGGCGAUUCAAACGUUAGUACGCCUGGGAUAGUCACACCUGGAGGAACCAAGAUGCGAAGACCAUUAUUCAAAAGAGGAAAAUCAAGAACUGAAUCUUCAAGUCAAAUCCCACAAGCAGUUCAAAAAAAGAAAUCGAAGAAGGGAUUCAAUUUCGAUGCAAAUCAAGGUAAAGAAGUUUUGGGUAUUGUAAUUCUGGAAAUUAAAGGUGCAGAAGAUUUACCAAAACUUAAGAAUGCUCUGAAAUUCUCUUUUGAUAUGGAUCCAUUCGUGGUCAUUUCAUUCGGAAAGAAAGUCUUUAGGACUAGAGUGAUUAGACAUUCUCUUAAUCCCACUUGGGACGAGAAGCUGCUUUUCCAUGUGAGAAGACAUGAAAGUACAUAUACCAUGCAAUUUGCUGUACUCGACUGGGAUAAGGUGUCUGGUAAUGACAUGGUCGGGACAUGCACUCUCCCACUCAGCGAACUCAUCGCCGAUGCUCCCAAACCCCAUCCUGAGACUGGUCUCUACGACAAGGAAGUUGAUGGGAAACAUGAGAUGAGGGAAUUUACACUCAACCUGUCAACCGAGAAAGAUAUGGCCUGGGAAGCUCGACAUUCUCCGAAACUUACCGUUCGAGCGAAAUAUGAACCCUAUGAUGCUCUCCGACAACGAUUCUGGCGACAGUACAUCACUCAAUACGAUGUCGAUGAUUCAGGUUGUAUGUCUUACACCGAGCUCACUGCGAUGCUUGAUUCGCUCGGCUCGACACUUACUAGACGUACCCUCGAAGGGUAUUUCUCAAGCUGUGGUAAAUCCGCUGAUAAAGAUGAAUUGACCAUAGAAGAGGUCAUCCAUUGUUUAGAGAAAGAGGUUACCAAGUCUCGAGCUGAGAAAGAGAAAGUAUCAGGAGACGAACUUGCCAUGAGCGGUACCAGUGGUUUGGGAGGUGCUACACCUGCAAUAUCCGCUCAGCCUGCUUCAGAAGGGCUGGAGAUGACCGGACCAGACGGCAACAUCGCUGCUUCAGCGGGAGUAGAUCCUGAUGAAUUGGCUGAACAUAUCGAACGAAGUCGGCCCAAGAACCAGGACGGUGCAGGAAAGGAUGGUGAUGACGUUGCUGGGAAUAUCCAACCUAUAUCGGAUAGGAGGGAAUCAAAUGUCCCUGCGGUCAAAGUUGAUAGAACAGCUACUUUAGAUGGAGAAACUAUACCUUUGAAUAGAGGUAUCAACAUCGGUGAAGAAACUGAUGGAGAAGUGACGACUCCCGGAUCGAGCUAUUCGGAGAAUGACGAUGAUAAUGAUAAUGAGACCCCCAUCGAUGAUAGAGAGAGAAUAAUCAAUAUCAAGACUUGUCCUCUAUGUCAUCGACCUAGAUUAGGUAAGAAGUCAGAACAAGAUAUCGUCACGCACCUUGCUGUGUGUGCCUCGGCAGAUUGGUCAAGAGUCGAUCGAAUAGUCACUGCCAAUUAUGUUACUUCAUCUCAGGCCCAAAGGAAAUUCUUAAGUAAGAUUGUGAAUAAGGUGGCUAUUGGAAGUUAUGCUUUAGGGGCCAACAGUGCGAACAUUCUGGUGCAGGAUAGGAGGACUGGGCAGUUGCAAGAGGAGAAGAUGGCUGUAUAUGUACGAUUGGGAAUUAGGGUGCUGUAUAAAGGUGCCAAAGGCCAAAUGCACAGUGUGCGGGCCCGUAAAUUACUCAAAUCGUUAUCCGUCAAACAAGGUCUCAAGUACGAUUCACCCUCAUCCGCAGUGGACAUACCAGGAUUUAUCGCAUUCCAUAACCUAGAUACCGAAGAGAUCUUAGAUCCAUUGGAUUCGUUCAAAAACUUCAAUGAGUUCUUCUAUCGAAAGUUGAAACCUGAGGCUAGACCUGUUGAUGAGCCCGAGAAUGAUGGACGAUUGGUAUCAUGUGCGGAUUGUAGGAUGAUGGCUUUUGAGACUGUUCAUGAAGCUACGCAAAUUUGGAUCAAGGGAAGGGAAUUUACGGUUGGGAGGUUACUAGGUCCGAAUUAUAAGGAUGUUGCGGGACGGUUUGAAGGUGGAGGAUUAGCUAUCUUCAGACUCGCUCCUCAAGACUAUCACCGAUUCCAUUCGCCUGUCAAAGGGAAGAUAGGCAAGAUGACGAUGAUUGACGGUGAAUAUUAUACGGUAAACCCUCAGGCAAUCAGGACCACUCUGGAUGUGUAUGGUGAGAACGUUAGGAAAAUCGUACCGAUUCAAAGUGAAGAGUUUGGUCUGGUUAUGACAGUCUGGGUCGGUGCGAUGAUGGUUGGAAGUAUCCUUACGACCGUGGAAGAAGGUCAGGAGGUCAAUCGAGCUGAUGAGUUGGGUUAUUUCGCUUUUGGCGGAUCAACCAUCGUAUGUCUAUUCGAAAAAGGAGCUAUGAAAUGGGAUGAAGAUCUCUUACAGAAUGGUAGAGCUAGUAUAGAAACCUUGGUCAGGAUGGGCAUGGGCAUUGGGAGAAGUACGAAGAAAUCUAAUGGCGGCAGUUUGAGUUCGAGCGUUAGCGGUGUUUCGACACCUGCUGAGAAGAUAUGA